GUAGGAAACCACUCGUACUGAAUUAAGGAAGCCCAUGAAGAAAAUGUCACCCUGGGACAAAAUCAAGGCUGUGACUGGUAAGCGAGAGAGAUUAUCUCCACCCCCAGUUAGAAGAUUGAGACUGCGUGGCGAUUGGUCCGAUACUGGGCCAGACGCACGUCCUGAAAGGGAUACCACAACAACUGUCAGUAUUGGACAGGCUAGGCCUCAGUUACAGGCGACUCUAAUGCAACGAAUGACCGACGUGUUGUCUCGCAUGCUCAACGAUCCCAUGACGAGGGCCGCCUUGAGUGCGGGCGGAGAGGAUUCGUUAGAUCCUGAUGAGAAUGCUCAGAGAAUUCUUGAAAAUAGGGAAGGAAACCCAUCAACCCCUCAAGAAGAAAGUAGCAGUAUGGAAACGGAUCAGCCGGCUCAAAGUCAAGCAGCGGGAUCAUCGAACGUAACUCAAGACAGCGCAACUUGCAACCCCGACGGCACACCGAGAACCUCCUCCACGUUGGGAAGCCACCUGCAUAGUCACCUUACGGUGUUGAGGAACCUGCGGGAAGGCUUCAUAGAGCAGCACGGGGCCGAACCGUCCGUUAGCUUUCGAUAUUCUCAGCAGAGUACGUCCAAUUCCACGAUUAGCCUCAGAGUUGGCAACGAGGUCAAUAAUAGAAACUUCGAGGAGGAAUCUGCUACGGGUGGUCCUUCCACUUCGAUGGACGACGGCAAUAGUACUGCCGAAGGCAUCACCGAACAAAUGCUGAUCUCGUUUCUCGCAAGUUGCGCCUGUGCAUUAGAGGACCACCGCUACAGGUCACGUGACGCACAGACGCAGUAUGGCAGCUCGGCGAGCAAAGAUACAUGGAACCAGUUCUACCCGAGCAAGAAAUUUAGUGUUGGCAUUACAGUCGAAGG